UAAAGAAAGCUCUCUCUCGCUCGCAAAAGGAUCACAUCUUGCUUUGCCUCUCUCUCUCUCUCUCUCUCACUCUCACUCUCACUCAUAAAAACACAGAUACACUUUCUCUCUCUAUCAUUGCUAAACCACUUCUUGUUAUAUAUUAAUAACACAAAACCCAUUCUAUAAAAGCCUUCUGUUUCUCUCUCAGAGUUACAAUAUUGUUCAAAACUCACAAAAAGUUUGAAGCUUUUGUCUGAUACAUAUAUAUUCAAAGUUUGAGUCUUUUUUUUUUUAAAUUAUUGGGAGCUGAAAGUUCAAGCUCAGCUCAAACUCUGAACUCUUUUGGGUCACACUACGCUGAAUGAGUUCGGGUCACUGGAAAUGGAUCCUCCACUUGUAAGCGAGUCCUCAUUUUCAGCAGCCAACCCUGCAGCUUACAGCUUGGCUGAGCUAUGGCCAUUUUGUGGUUCGGAGCCUGGAACCGGGUCACUGGGGCUCGGGAUGGGUAACUUGGGUCCGAACCCAAAUGGGUUUGCUGAGAGCUCCGGGAACCGGGAUGGGUCGGCCGAGGAAUCGACGGUGACGGAGCAGAGUGGCGGUGGUGGCGGUGGUAGGAAGAAGAGAAAAGAAGUGAGCUCCGAGGAUGAGUCUUCGAAAAUGGUUUCCACUAGUAGCGCCAAUGACUUGUUGAGUGAGUCAAAUGGUAAACGGAUGAAAGUAGCUGGAUCCUGUGAUGACAAUGAUGGUUCAAAGGCAGAAGUGGAAGCUAGUUCAGCAGCUGAUAACAAACCAGCCGAAGAAAGCACUCAACCUUCUGAGCCACCUAAGCAAGACUAUAUCCAUGUGAGAGCAAGAAGGGGCCAAGCUACUGAUAGCCAUAGUCUAGCAGAGAGAGCAAGGAGAGAGAAGAUCAGUGAGAGGAUGAAGAUUCUCCAAGAUUUGGUCCCUGGAUGUAACAAGGUCAUUGGAAAAGCACUUGUACUUGAUGAGAUAAUUAAUUACAUCCAGUCACUGCAACGCCAGGUUGAGUUCCUGUCAAUGAAGCUUGAAGCAGUUAAUUCAAGGAUGGGCAUGAACCCUGUCAUGGACGGCUUUCCUCCAAAAGAUCUUGGUGCACAGUCAUUUGAUGCUUCUGGAAUGAUAUUUGGAUCACAAAUGAGGGAAUAUGCUCAAAGCUCACAACCUGAAUGGCUGCACAUGCAGGUUGGUGGUAGUUUUGAAAGAGCGACAUAGUCUCGUGCAUGUAAGCAGAUUAGAGAAGAAUUAGUACUUAAUCAUUUCCAAUCAAAGGGCAGCUGUGUUGUAGGUUUCUCCACGUCUAAUGCUGAAGUGUGUUUCCUAGUCUCUUUUAAUGUCCUAAAAUCGUAAUAUGAAAUCAUAUGUAGAAAUGCAUUAAUCUUUUUAUGUAUCAUCUUACUAGAUAAACUUUAGUCAAUUGUAUUAGUACGCAGACAAAAUCUCCUAGGUUGAUUUAGUUCUUAAGCCGUGUAAGCAAAGGACUUUGCUUUCUGGAACUAGUUACAAAUUCUUAUUCAUUGUUACAGUAUGUUACUAAUUGAUACAAUUUCAUGCCAAACUGUGUAAUGAGAGAAUUGCGCUUUCCAAAGUUUCAUUUU